GUUGGAGACAUUUCCCUGGCCUAUGGCGUCCUCUCUCCUUUCCGCCGCCAAGACUCUCCUUUACCCCUCUCAGCCUCGAACUCCUCCUCCUCGCGCUGGUCAUUGUUUUCCGCUUUGGAGCCUCCAUACCUCGCGGAGGAGCGCGCUCAGAGUCUCCUCCUUGAAAUGGGAACCAUCCAAGAAAUCUGCUGGUGGAGUUCUACUUCCAAAAUCAGCUGUUAAAUUUGAGCGCUAUAUAAUGGGCAAGGUACUGUCAGUUGGUUCUGAUGUUGCCGAGGUGGAAGCAGGAAAGAAGGUUCUUUUUUCAGAUAUUAAUGCUUAUGAGGUGGACUUGGGGACAGAAGCUAAGCACUGUUUCUGUAAAGCUGGUGAUCUGCUAGCUGUUGUUGAGUAGGAGUAGCAAAUGAAUCCUAGGUGGUCUUUUCUGAUGCAAGUCAUUUUUUCUUGGCCACUCCGUCGACAGGAACUGAUUAUGUAGUAUGCUCAUUUAAAAUGUAAUUUUUGAUUUAUAACUAAGUAUUGGUUAAAUGAGUUCAGUCAUUUGUCGAUUGUUCUGGUUUAUGAUAAACAUAUGACUGAAAGUGAAUGGCUGGAGGUCUAUAAGCUGCUGAGGAUUAUUACGUCUUGGAGAUUGAUCGUGCACUGAGGGAUCAAAUGUUUUGUCAGUCCUUGAGCCUUCAUUUGGUGCUAAAAAUCAAGGUUUAAA